UAUGGUUGCCAUAUUGUUGCCGUUGCGUCUGCUGCGGUUGCAGAUGCAUUUGUUUAUUUUUGAUUUAUAGGUACGAUAUAAUUUCUUGAAGCGUGAAAACCCAAAAAUGAAACUGAAGAAACCAAAAGAAGAUGUUGAAGAUAUACCGGAGGUUGUUCCUCCACAGGCGGAGAUUAUAGAAGCUGAUCUUUAUAAAAGGACUUACUUUGGGCCAGAUGUACCAACUUUGGAGCUGGAGUGCUGGGAAGAGGAGCUCUCGGAGAUUCAACUACAAGCCUAUAAAAACGCCGACGAUGAAUACAAAAGUAUUCAGAACAAGCUGGAUGAUAUGGUAAAGGAGACUGGUGGUGAAAUUGUCUAUAAUGGAGAUCAGUUUACAGCUUACCAACUUCUUGGCAAACAGCCAGUGUUGAAGGAUUUGGAGAGGCAGAGUGCUGAAAUCCUGAGGUCUAGAUCUCGAUCAUUAUCUAUAUCUAAGGAAAAACCUAAAGGAAGAGGUCGCCCAAAGAAGUUCAGAGAUGAAGACCGUAAUUACUCUCCAUCACCCGAACGCGCAAAAUCGCCUGUUGACACUCGCCACAAGAAGAAAAAGAAGAGACGGGAAGAGAAGGAAAGGGAGAAAGAAAAAGAUACCAAAACAAAGGACAAGACGCUUGCCCCAUCCAAUGUACACAGUGUGGUGACCAAUGUACGUCCGUCAGAAGCCACCGCUAUUGGUGGCUUGUUAACUGGCAGUGCUACCAAGGCUACGGCUAUCGUGGACCUCACCAAAGAUGACGGCAGCAAGAAUGUGGCCGAUUCGCGGGAAGUUUCAUUCAAUAAGCUGCAAGGCAAAACAUUCCCAUCGUUGGUAGUGGUAGCUCGACCGUACCUCAGAUCGAAGGAGGCGCCUCCUCCGUCCGACCGGUCGUCCCUGGACAGCAAGGUGAAGUCGGUGCUGAUGCACACUCCGAUGAAGUUCACCGAGUGGCUGAUCCAGCAGGGCUUGGUGCGCUCCGAGCAGUGGUGUGUCAUACAUUCCGGGAACAAACUGAAGCUUGGCAUGUACUCGGACGUGUCGAAGUUCCCUUACUCCGGCGGCUACGUGUGGAUCUCUGAAUGCUGCCCCACCCGCUUCGUCUCCGUCUUCUCCAGCUCCAUAUUCGAGGGAGCCACUUUCCCUCCGAGCGUUAUCCUCAAACUAAUCUACCACUGGGCUUGCCAAACCAAUGUGCAAAACGUGGUCCAAUGGGUCAAAGUGGACAAUUUAUAUGUGAAAGGACUGUUUACGUGGCUAAGAGCUAUUUGCUCAUCGGCUAUACAUCAGCAUUUGAGUUUGUUGGGUGGAGCCGGGAAAAAAGUAGAAGUGGGAGUGAUAUCGCUUGGAACAACGAGCCACGAUGGCACCCAGAGGCAGGUGAAGGUGGAAGUCUUGGGAGUGCUGGAUCCGGUUGAGAAAUUGAUACGCCUGCGCGCCGUGGAACCCUUAGCUGAACACGAGAAAAACUACAAAAAGCGUUUCCAAAAAAUCCUAGAACCACUCAGCAACUGGGUGCAUCCUUCAUCGGUCAUCCUCACAGAUUUGACCGUAGACAAGGGCACUCUAGUGUCUAUGGGCUUCAAGAACGUGCACCAGGCCUCGUCGCACUCUGACCAGCCUUCGAGGAAUAGCAACGCGAAUAUAAUGGAGUACUUGAGAAGAAUCGUGCCGAGAAUGUUCCAGAACACACUGUCUUUGCUGUCCAGGCAAAUUAUCCAGCAGUUUUUGGAUGAGCUUGUUUGGAGGGAAAGAUAUGGCAUCUCUCCAGGCCAAGCAUUUGACAACAUCGUGCUGCACAUCUCCGAACAAACCAAACUGGACGCCAAAGAUCCUAUAACAGUGCGUUUGAACAAGAUUGCAGCUAACCCGUUCAAGAACUGGAAGUAUCCUACCAAGAAAAGCAAGCAAGCUGAAGAGCCCGAGCCGGAAACGAGCGGCACCAGAUCGAAGCGCGGGCGCAGGAAGAAGGAACCUUCUCCGUCGCCGCCGCCCAAGAAGAAGAGGAAGGCAGUCACCACGUACGUCGACGAUGAUGAUGAGGAAGAAGAGAUGCCUCUCGCCCUCCGUCGUACGAAAAUUAAGCAGGAGCAAGAGGGCAAGCCCAAGGACAAGUCCAAAGACGGCACUCCAGCCGCCAGGUCGCGACGCAAGGCCGCCAAGACGUACGCGCUGGACGACGAGCUGGACGACGUGCCGCUGAAGGCGAUCAAGAAGGAGGCGAAACCGGAGGAGACUGUGUCCAUGGAGCGGUACUACUUUGGACAGAUUGGGGGCGAUGGACCGGUUGAGAGGGUGGCUAUUGCUGUUGAGUGCCCGAUCUGCCACACGGAGCUGUCGAACAACAUAGCGCUGAUGGAGCACGUGUUCGAGCACGUGGCGGGCGGCGGCGCGUGCGCCUGCUGCCUGGCGCGGCCCGACGGCGAGCUGCGCGCGCACCUCGCGCUCCGCCACCCGCUCGACACCAAGUCGCCAGAGAUAUUUACUUACGCGUGUCUCAUAUGUGAGGUGCGGUUCGCGGCCGUGCUGACGCUGGCGGCGCACAUGCAGAAGGCGCACGCGCCGCUGGAGCUGCCGUACGUGUGCGCGGCGCCGCGCUGCGCCUACCGCGCCUCCAGCCACCGCGCCGCGCUCGACCACUUCCGCCGCGCGCACGCGACCGCGGGCUGCGCGCAGUGCCCGCGCUGUCUGAAGGUGAUACCAAUCUACGCGGACGGCCACGAGUUGGCGUCAAACGUGGCGCUGUUCAUAGACCAUUUGAAACUCCACCUGGAUAAAGAUUUGGAGGUGCGCUGCAACAGAUGCGUGCUGAAAUUUGUCCAUCUCGGUCAAAUGAAGGAGCACCAGGUCCGUGACCACAACACUGUAGAGGAUGCCAAGCCGCUGUGCUCCGAGGAACAUCUGGUCACUAAGCCUAAGACCAAAGCCCGCCCUCCGGUGAAGGACACGACCAGUCACGCCAUCAACGACACGUACGAGGGGCUGACGCUGGUGCUGCCCGACGGCUUGGUGUGCCGCGAGUGCGACUCGCCGCUGGACAGCGACAAGCACUUCCUCGGCGAGACAGCGUGCAGCAAGUGCCCGUACAAGAGCUCGUGCUACCGCGCCAUGCUGCACCACAGCGCGUACUGCGCCGGGCCCAGCUCGCUGGAGGACGCGCCGCGCGACGCCGACUACGUCACCCACUGCGUCUGCGGCUACAGCACCAUCGUGGGCACGGACAUGCUGACUCACUUGCUGAUCUGCGAGCACAAGACAGCGUACAGUUCCGAGCAGGAGGCCCGCAACAACACUGUCCAGGCCGAGGAGCCUGCCGCUGCCAACAACAAGCCCGAAGAUGUCACCAACGAGCAACCGGUGGACAAUGUCCCCGUGAUGUCGGACUACGCCCCGCCCUCGGUGCUGAACACGCAGCUGUCUCUGGACGACCUCGCGCCGCCUUCCGUGCUGCAGCAGGACCAGCAUGAUCAAGAACUGCUAAAGGAUGCGUACGACCGUCCUCUGGCUACUCCCCGCCAUGAAGAGCCACACUACACGCUCGGGGACUUCGAGCCCCUGCCUCAGGAGCCCCCGCCGCAACCAGAUUUCGAACAACUAUAGAUACAACAUAUAACAAGAUAAUCACAGUUUGCAUUCUGCACAUUUAGUGCAAACAUAGUCUAGAGAUGGUCGAGUACUCGGUUGAUACUCGGUGUUCGGCGGGGUUUUUUAUACUCGUACUCGGCCGAAUAACUCGGAUUGAAUGCAAUAUAUUAAGGUAGAUAGAUAUAUUUAAGUACUACACUCAGUAAAUCGUUAAUUAAAAACUUUUCAUUACAAUGACGUGCAACGUUAAUUAUUUGUUUGCUAAUGAUCAAGCGACUGGUAGUUGAAAUGUAUAUUUGAUAGAACCGACUUACACGAGAAAGAAAGAAAUUGAGCCAAGUAAAACUUCUACUUGUUACUCAGCUACAGUGUUACUUGGUGCAUCUCCAGUAUCAGACUAUGUUGAGGAAGCAGGAGAGGUCUGUAAAGAUAAUAGUUAAGUGGAAAUCCAUAGUUGUCCAAGCAAUAAUAAGUUGUAACUAUUGUGGAACCUUUGAAACUUUGUCUAUUUAGGAGUUAGUGAGAUUCCAAUUAAUUGUUGUCUUAUGUCACAAUUCAUCAAAUUGUCUUACCUGAUAUGAUGGAAAGUAUACAUACUUAUAUAAAAUAAACUAAUAAUUCAUCAUGCUGUAUAUUUU